UGGUGACCUCGCCUUGGCUACGUUGCAGACCCGUCUCACCUGCAGCCGGGUCCAGCAAAGCGGAAGUUGAAUCUGUAGCGUCAGCCACUUCUCCUGAGCUGUCAUCAUCAUUAUCAUCACCUGUCCCGCUGCCCAGCAUCCCGGGGGGCUAGAGUCCCUGCCCAGCAUCCCGGGGGUGGGGGUCCUUGCAGCGGCCAGGGCGGAGGAGGAGCCCUCUCUCAGCCUCCUCAUCACUAUUUUGGAUGAUGCUACAAUAACCGGAAUGGAAUAUAUGCCAUAGCUAAAUUAGGGUUUUGUUUGGCUGAGAAGCUUCUAAACCAACAUGACAAACUUUAAAAGGCUGGUCUUGGGCCAGCGAUUUAUACACUGGAAACUUGGGGCAGUGACUCUUAUUUUUAUGGGGUUUGUGUAUUUAAUACAAAAAGAAGUAGUGGACAGAGAGAUGGACGAGCUUGCGGCACAGGGAGGCUCGCUCGUAAAGAGGAAAAAAAUGUUGGACAUGGUGAUGGAGGCUGUAAAUAAUAUUAAAGACGCUGUGCCAAAAAUGCAGAUUAAAGCACCAGAAAAACAGCAUGAUAAUAAAGACGAGAGACGGUGUUUGCCAGGAUAUUAUACUGCAGCCGAACUAAAGCCUUAUCUUGACCGUCCACCUUUGGACCCUAAUGCACCGGGAGCAUCUGGAAAACCAUUUAAAGUUGACAAACUGUCACCUGAGGAGGAGAAAGAGCGAGAAGAAGGAGAAAAGAAACAUUGUUUUAAUCUUUUUGCUAGUGAUAGAAUUUCAUUACACCGAGACCUUGGACCUGAUACAAGGCCCCCAGAGUGCAUUGAACAAAAGUUUAAGCGAUGUCCACCUCUGCCCACAACAAGCAUCAUUACUGUGUUCCACAAUGAAGCCUGGUCCACUCUGCUCCGCACUGUAUACAGCGUCAUGUACACCUCUCCUGCCAUCCUCCUCAAGGACAUUAUUAUGGUGGACGACGCCAGUACAGAUGAGUAUUUGAAGGAUAAACUUGAUGACUACGUGAAGCAGUUUGGGAUCGUGAAAGUGGUCAGACAGAAAGAAAGAAAAGGACUUAUUGCCGCUCGCUUAGCCGGUGCCUCUGUAGCAACAGGCGACACACUGACUUUUUUAGACGCGCACUGUGAAUGUUUCUAUGGUUGGCUGGAGCCCUUACUGUCGAGAAUUGCGGAGAAUCUCACAGCUGUAGUGAGCCCGGACAUCGUCACAAUUGACCUCAACACUUUUGAGUUUAGCAACCCUUCUCCGUACGGCAAUAACCGUAACCGAGGGAACUUUGACUGGGGUUUGGCAUUUGGAUGGGAGACUGUUCCCGUUUUAGAAAACAAGAAAAGGAAAGAUGAAACUUAUCCAAUAAAGACACCAACGUUUGCAGGAGGCCUGUUUUCCAUUUCUAAGAAAUACUUUGAGUACAUUGGAACUUACGAUGAUGAAAUGGAAAUAUGGGGCGGUGAGAAUAUUGAAAUGUCCUUUAGAGUAUGGCAGUGUGGUGGGCAGUUAGAGAUCCUGCCAUGUGCUGUUGUUGGCCAUGUGUUCCGCAGUAAGAGUCCUCACACCUUUCCUAAAGGUACUCAAGUGAUCAUCCGGAACCAGGUCCGCCUGGCUGAGGUGUGGAUGGAUGAUUACAAAGAAAUAUUUUAUCGGAGGAAUCGCGAAGCAGCAAACAUUGUGCAGCAGAAAUCUUAUGGAGAUUUAUCUAAGAGACAAAGUUUGCGUCAAAACCUCCAGUGCAAGAAUUUUACAUGGUAUCUGAAAAAUGUCUAUCCUGAAAUAUAUGUACCAGAUCUUAACCCACUCAUCUAUGGUGAUAUACAGAAUAUAGGCAAAGGGUGGUGUUUGGAUGCUGGAGGAGAUAAUAGUCAGGGGGACAAACCUCCAAUCUUGUACAGUUGUCAUGGACUUGGGGGUAACCAGUAUUUUGAAUAUACAUCAAGUCAUGAAAUUCGACAUAAUAUUCAAAAGGAACUAUGUCUCCGGGCUGGUAAAGGACCUGUGAUGCUCAAGAAAUGUAAUUACAAAGGCAGAGGGACUUCUGUGCUACCAGAGGAAAAGUGGGAGCUUCAAAAGGAUGAAGUUCUCUACAAUCCUGCAUAUAAUAUGUGCCUGACGGGAAAUGGCCAGAAUCCAAGCCUUGUACCAUGCAAUCCUACUGACCGUUUUCAACAAUGGGUGUUCCGACAAAGCACAUAAGAAACAAAUUCAUUUAUCUUUUAACACUGCGAUCUAAAAACACAACAUAAUAAUAAUAAUAAUAAUAAUUGCAAAACACUAACAUUUUAUGCAAUUGGUAAUACUGAAAACCUAACAAAAGAGACUAAACCUAUUGUGUUACAAUAGAAAGGACUCUCUAAAUAUUAUACAAAUGCCAAAGAAUGUUUUAAAUCUGUUUUUAUUUUCUGUGUGUUUACAUUAUAAUUGUUAUUAGGUCAGGUUGAGGUGAUGGGGUUUAUAGUGAUAAACUGUACAAUGGGGAGUUUUAUUUCUCUGCACGUAUGGAAAAGAAACGAGGCCAUCUAAUUAUGCUUGGGAGCAUGUAUAUUUAAAAACAAGAUUUGGCAACAGCAGAAAAUGUAAUGAACUAGAAAAUGUGUUGGGAUAAUUGAUAAUGUCUCCUAACAGUACAAUUUUUUUUUUUUUUUUUUUUAGCAUCUUUUUUACUACUGGUACCAAUUUCAAUGUGUUUUGGCUUGGAGGCCGAUAUAUUGUUAUCGUACUGUAUAUUUAUUUAUUGGGAGGUAUUUACUUUAGCCAAGUGGAGUGCAAAGUAUUUUGUUUGCUUUUGAGCUAUUUUGUCCAUUUGUAUAUGCCUAAGGCAAGUGUACAUUUAUCCAUGAUAUUUGUUCCCAGUUCUUGGCCGCCAGGUCUAAAGUCAAGUAUUGCUUUAUAACGAUAAUCUGCACUACUGCUUGUUUUACCCUGAGUGAGAUGCAGCCCUAUGCUACAUAGUUGUCGAAUCCCAAUAUGAGGGUUCAUAUCAGGAUUAGACAAUUCUAUGGGGCAUAUUAAAUUAUGCGCACAUAUUUGAACUACCCCGCAAGGUUUUCCUAUUCAAUUGUAGGAAUGAAAAUGAGCUGUGGUUCUAAUCACUGCAUCUUCUUCUUAGCACCCCCAGAGCAAGUCUGAUUUUUUUUUUUUUUUAAUAAAAUCGUUAUUUUUAGGAAAAAUUGUUGAGACUUGCAAUGGAACUCCUGGUACAGAAGAAUAUAUAGUGUUACAUUAGUCAUUACACUGUGUUGGAAUAUCCAGUAGUCUAAAUUUGUCCUUAAAUUGUAAUUUCAGAAUCAUAUGAAAGUAGGAGAUCUUACAAGAAUUAUCCUUCAUGUCAUAUUACUUUUGUGUUCCUGUUACCAGGCUAAAAAGCAAAAACAAAACCUUUAUACAAUAAUUGAGAAUUGGUUUGUCUGGUUUCCAACAAUGUUUAUUUCUCUGUGUGCUUAUUUUGGGUAUCCGGAUUGUAUCUGAUUUGUUUUUAUAUUCUUAAUGUGCUGUCUGUUCUGUACUGCUGUAUAAUUGAGUUUUAAAAUAGUACAUGACUAAGGGGUCUAUUUACUAAGCCUUGGGUUGAGUGAAAGUCAACGGAGAUAAAGUACCAGCCAAUCAGAUCCUACUGUAACUGUCAUUUUUUAAACACAGCCUGUGGCAUGACAGUUAGGACCCGAUUGGCUGGUACUUUACUGUAUCUCCGUCGAUUUUAUCUCCAUCCAAGGCUUAGUAAAUAGACCCCUAAGGGACUUGAUACAUUUUCUACUACGUCUGCUAAUGAAAAUAUCUGUUACAUUUGUUAAAUGACAAGUGUGUUUGCAUAACUGAAUGUUGAAACAAAACUGCAAUGGGGUUUUGUAUGAAUUUUACUAAAAAUGUUUAUUUUUGCAUUUAUGGUUUUGAAGGAUAUUUUAAUGGUCACAUUGGCCCAAAAAGCUUUUAUUCUUUUUUUUUUUUGCAACAUACCAUGGGUAGAUUUACUUACUCGCGAUCUUCAGUGACUUUGUCUGACCAUUUUAAAACAGCAAAAGAUGCUAAAUCAGACUUGUUUAGCAUUGAUUGGAUAAAGCUGCAGGUGAUUGGCGGCUUUGAAAAACCUACAUUUAGUAAAAAUAUCCCUGACUUUUUAGGAUUAAACUAUUGUGUAUGGGUUUUUUUCCCAGCUGCGUAUAAUAGUCUAGAUUGGUGGACUAAAUCCUAAAUAAAUGUACAGAUUUACUAAAA